AUAUAAUUAGCGUAUCUACGGUCAACAUUGACAUACACAUAAAAAACAAAAAUACAAAAAAUGGUUUUCUAUCUACUAUCGACAAUUUAUUGGAUUAAGUGAAUAUUUGUUAAUUAUCUUCGAAAAAUAUCGAAUCAAAUUAUUUUCGUAAUUCAUUUACUCAAGUGAUCAAUCGAUACAAUAGAAAUUCAGAUAUUUCAUGAAAUAUAAUUAUCCACAAUGCUAGAGCCAGAAUUGUGGGGUAAAUCAACAAACUUUCUAGCGAAUCUUCACAAGCAGCACAUGUCUCAUUUGGAAAAACUGAUAACAUGGAAGGAUAACGAAUCGAUUUUCGAAUUUGGAAUUGGUGAUGGUACCAAUACUAAACAAACAUUAUUACCAAUUUUGCCGCAAGACUAUAAAGAAUUCAUUGGAAGUGAUAUAAGUCAUGAGAUGAUUGAAUUUGUACAGAGCAAUAUGUCAGAUACAAGAAGUAAAUUCAUCAAACUGGACAUAUGUUCUAAGAACAUACCGAAUGAGUUAUUAAAUAGAUUCGAUCAUAUUUUCAGUUUUUGUGUGAUGCAUUGGUUGCAAAACACAGAGCAAGCUCUAAAAAAUCUGUACGAAAUGUUAAAACCAGGUGGUCAAAUGAUUCUAACAUACGUACAUGAAACAUCAGCGGAUGAAGUAUAUGAUUUAUUGUCUCAUCACCCCAGAUGGAGUGAAUAUAAUCAUAAAUGUUUCACUUCACCUUACUACAAACAAAAAAACAUAUGCCAAGUAUAUAAAGCUUUGUUUUCCAAAGCUGGUUUUGUGGAAAAGUAUUUCGAAGUUGAUAGUAAGAGAUCAUAUAAAUUUGAGGAUAAAAAAAUGUUUGAAGAAUUCUGCCUCAGUGUUAAUCCAGUUCUGAAGAAAAUUCCGAAAGAAGAUUACGAAGAUUACAAAGCUGAAUACAUAAAGAUGAUGACGAAUAAUAAAUAUAAUUUCACGACUGUAUGUUCAGAGACAGAAGAUAUUUGUUACAACACUUCCUUUGAGUUAAAUUUGGUUGUACUGGAGAAAGUUUGACAUAUAUAAAUAUGAAAAAAGGAUUUCGUGAUUCAAGGGACUUGGUAAUUGGAUAAAAUAAAAAAUUUAAUCAAUCACGCAAGUUGUAUUUGUUUCUUAUAUUAUAAUUGAAUAAAAAAAAUAUCGACC